AUGAUGCCAACUGCCCUGCCCUGCACCCAAAGGGACUGGUGCGGGCACCCACCCAUCGUCUGGCCCUCCCAGCUUUCGGCCUCUCCUGCCCCUGCUGAACCUCUUCCUGCCCCCACUAACCCUCUUGCUGUUGCCCCUGUUGACCCUCCUGCUGCUGCCCCUGCUGACCCUCUUGCUGCUGCCCUUGCUGUCCUCUCUCCGCUCCCCUACUGGCCUGCCCCUCCUGCCCCUGCUGGGCCAUCUGCUGUAGUCGUUGCUGUUGCUGUCUCCUCUCCUCCACUCAGCCAGCCUGCCCCUGCUGAUCCUCACGCCGCUGCCCUAGCUGAUCCUCCUGUUGCUGCCCAUGCUGACCCUCCUGCUGCCGCCCCUGUUGACCCUGCUGACCUUCCCGGUGCUGCCGCUGUUGCCCUCUCUCCUCUCCCCUACAAACCUGCUGUUGCUGUCCCUGCUGGCCUUGCGGCUGCUGCUGCUGCCGCUGCUACUGCAGCUGCUGUUGCUGCUGUCCCCUCUCCUCUCCCCCACUAG